AUGAAAGUUUUCUCGUUCAUUUUGUUUGCCUUCGUGGCAAGUGUUUUCUGUGAAGAAGAGGUAGCAGCCGACAAGGAGAAGUUGGGAACGAUUAUUGGCAUCGAUCUCGGAACCACCUACUCGUGCGUCGGAGUUUUCAAGAACGGACGAGUUGAAAUCAUCGCCAACGACCAAGGAAACAGAAUCACCCCUUCAUACGUGGCUUUCUCUGGAGAGCAAGGAGAGCGACUCAUUGGAGACGCCGCUAAGAACCAGCUCACCAUCAAUCCAGAGAACACAAUUUUUGACGCCAAGCGUUUGAUUGGACGAUUCUACAACGACAAAACUGUCCAAGAUGACAUCAAGCAUUGGCCAUUCAAGAUUGUUGAUAAGUCGAACAAGCCAACAGUUGAAGUCAAAGUUGGAUCCGAAUCGAAACAAUUCACUCCAGAAGAAGUUUCCGCUAUGGUUCUCACCAAGAUGAAGCAAAUCGCUGAGUCUUAUCUCGGACACGAAGUGAAAAAUGCUGUUGUCACAGUCCCGGCAUACUUCAAUGAUGCUCAGAGACAAGCUACCAAAGAUGCUGGAACCAUUGCAGGACUCAACGUUGUCAGAAUCAUCAAUGAGCCGACAGCUGCCGCAAUUGCCUAUGGGUUAGAUAAGAAAGAAGGAGAACGCAAUAUUCUCGUCUUCGACUUGGGAGGUGGAACUUUUGACGUGUCCCUUCUCACCAUCGACAACGGUGUUUUCGAAGUUCUUGCCACCAAUGGAGAUACCCACUUGGGAGGAGAAGACUUCGAUCAACGAGUCAUGGAGUACUUCAUCAAGCUCUACAAGAAGAAGUCUGGAAAAGAUCUUCGCAAGGACAAUCGCGCUGUUCAGAAACUCCGCCGUGAAGUGGAGAAGGCUAAGAGAGCCCUCUCGACACAGCAUCAAACCAAGAUCGAGAUUGAAUCGCUCUAUGACGGUGAAGACUUCUCGGAGACACUCACUCGUGCCAAGUUCGAGGAACUCAAUAUGGAUCUUUUCCGUGCCACCUUGAAACCGGUCCAAAAGGUACUCGAAGAUGCCGACAUGAAGAAGACGGAUGUCCACGAAAUUGUUUUGGUUGGAGGAUCCACAAGAAUUCCAAAGGUUCAGCAACUCAUCAAAGACUUCUUCAAUGGAAAAGAACCAUCUCGCGGUAUCAAUCCGGAUGAGGCCGUUGCUUACGGAGCUGCCGUUCAAGGAGGAGUUAUCGGAGGAGUUGAGAACACAGGAGACGUCGUCCUUCUUGAUGUCAACCCACUCACGAUGGGAAUCGAGACAGUUGGAGGAGUGAUGACCAAGCUCAUUUCCAGAAACACAGUCAUCCCAACAAAGAAGAGUCAAGUGUUCUCUACUGCCUCCGAUAGCCAAAGCGCCGUCUCCAUCGUAAUUUACGAGGGAGAACGACCAAUGGUUAAGGAUAACCACAAGCUCGGAAACUUCGACCUCACCGGAAUUCCUCCAGCUCCACGUGGUGUUCCCCAAAUCGAAGUCACCUUCGAAAUUGAUGUCAAUGGAAUCCUCCACGUCAGCGCCGAAGACAAAGGAACCGGAAACAAGAACAAGAUCACCAUCACCAACGAUCACAAUCGUUUGAGUCCGGAAGAUAUCGAGCGUAUGAUCAACGACGCCGAUAAGUUUGCCGCUGACGAUCAAGCAAUCAAGGAGAAGGUUGAAUCUAGAAACGAACUGGAGUCAUACGCCUACCAGAUGAAAUCUCAAAUUGGAGACAAUGAGAAGCUCGGAGGAAAGCUUUCGGAUGAAGACAAGGUCUCCAUUGAAUCUGCUGUUGAAAGAGCUAUCGAAUGGCUCGGAAACAACCAGGACGCUUCCACCGAGGAGAAUAAGGAACAAAAGAAGGAGCUCGAAUCGGUUGUCCAGCCAAUCAUCUCCAAGCUUUACUCGGCUGGAGGUGAAGGAGGAGAACAAGCUGCUGAAGAGCCAGCGGAGGAUCACGAUGAGUUAUAA